GCAGUGAAUUCUACUGAGGGAACGCGGGUCCCAGUUCCCGCGAGGUUUUCUCACUUGGGCCGCUAGGGCAGGCGACUGCACCCUAGAGGUCGCAGUUCCAGGCUUCGGGGUGUGGCCUUGAGAUCCGGGUUUCAGACAGUGCUCUCACUUUCGCGGGGCUGUCAGAUCCGGGUGGAGACCCCUGCACCCUUCCCAGAUCCGUGUUUCAGUACCUCAGGCUUCUCGGGACUGCACCAGUUGGGCCUCGGUCCUCAUGGCCGACCAGAAACUGGUGGUGGUUUUCGGAGCCACAGGUGCCCAAGGGGGCUCAGUGGCCCGCACACUCCUGGAAGAUGGAACAUUCAGGGUUCGAGUGGUGACCCGGGACCCUGGGCAGAAGGCAUCGAAGGAGCUGAGGCUGCAAGGCGCAGAAGUAGCGCAGGGAGACCAGAAUGACGGAGCCAGCAUGGAGAAGGCCCUGACUGGAGCUCAUGCUGCUUUCAUCGUGACUAACUACUGGGAGAAUUGCAGCCAGGAGCAGGAGGUCAAGCAGGGAAAGCUGCUGGCUGAUCUGGCCAAGCACCUGGGCCUCCACUAUGUGGUCUACAGUGGCUUGGAGAACAUCAAGAAGCUGACCGCCGGGAGGCUGGCAGCUGGCCACUUUGAUGGCAAAGGGGAAGUGGAGGAAUAUUUCCGAGACAUCGGUGUUCCUAUGACCAGUGUGCGGCUGCCCUGCUAUUUUGAGAACCUCCUUUCCUACUCUCUGCUCCAGAGAGCCCCAGAUGGAAAAAGCUACUUGCUAAACUUGCCCAUGGGUGAUGUCCCUAUGGAUGGCAUGGCUGUGAGCGACCUGGGUCCUGUGGUGCUCAGUCUGCUGAAGAUGCCAGAAGAGUACGUCGGGCAGAACAUUGGGCUCAGCACUUGCAGGCACACUGCAGAGGAGUAUGCUGCACUGCUCACUAGGCACACCGGCAAGGCUGUGCACAACACCAAGGCAUCCUCACAGUCUGGCCAUCCUCGACGCCUAGAAGAACCAAAGUUCCAAAGAAAACAGUUAUAGUGGGACCUCCCACAGCACUUUCUACCCAAGACCCACUAACCAGCCACAGGCUUCCUUACUCAUUCCUGUUAAUGCUGGCCUCAGUGCCUGAAGAGAGGGGACAAAGGAGAUGAAAACAGGGGACAGGGACUGCUCUCUCACCAUGCAGGAGCAAUAACAAUGCAUUUUAAGGAUGACUGGAGCAAAGAUAGAUUCUAUUUCCUUCUCCAGCCCAGGCCUCUAGAGACUCAACCUCAGCUUCUGCCAAUAGCCACACCUCAUAGGAAAUGGUGGCCUCAGUCCUCUCCAGUCACUGGGAACCUGGGAGCCCACCUGCAGGCACAGGGAUCAUCACUCGCUUCUU